CAAACACUUGUCAAAACUCGAGACAAGCUUCAAUCGACGUUGAUCAAGGGCUCGAGUUACACCGCACAUCUAUAUCGGCAAGCACACCACCAAAAUGUCGGACAUCGAGGAUGAAAUGGACAUCGAUGCGCCCGUCGCAGACAACUCCAUAAGUUUUGGUGGAGAUCCUAAGAAGGGCAAAAGGAGCGCAGCAAAUCUUCCCGUAGAAGCGGAGGACUCUUUGCCAUGGGUAGAAAAGUACAGACCAAAUUCACUAGACGACGUCGAAGGCCACAAAGAUAUCAUAGCCACGAUCAACAAAUUUGUUGACUCAAAUCGAUUACCCCAUCUCCUCCUCUACGGCCCUCCGGGAACUGGCAAGACAUCGACCGUUCUCGCCCUCGCACGACGGAUAUAUGGGAGCAAAAACAUGCGGCAGAUGGUGUUGGAAUUGAAUGCAUCAGACGACAGAGGUAUUGAUGUGGUGCGAGAGCAAAUCAAGACGUUCAGCAGCACAAAGCAGAUCUUCUCUGUGGCACCUAAAACAGGAGACGCUUCAUUGGCGACUUUCAAGCUCAUCAUACUGGACGAGGCAGACGCUAUGACAGCGACUGCGCAGAUGGCGCUCCGAAGGAUCAUGGAGAAGUACACAGCGAACACUCGCUUCUGCAUCAUCGCCAAUUACACACACAAGCUAUCACCGGCGCUACUCUCUCGGUGUACGCGGUUCCGCUUCUCGCCUCUGAAGGAACAGGAUAUUAGAAACUUGGUAGACAAAGUUAUUGAGGAUGAGAAAGUGAACAUCACACAGGAUGCAACGGAGUCGCUCGUUACGUUAAGCAAAGGCGACAUGCGACGAGCGCUCAACGUGCUCCAAGCCUGCCACGCAUCAAGUACGCCACUCCAACCGCCAGGGAAACCAGCACCGGACCCAAGCACCAUCGAACGAGACCAGAUCACCCAGACGACCAUCUACGAUUGCAUAGCAGCACCGCAUCCCUCAGACGUUAAAUACAUAAUAGAGACCUUGUUGUCGAAGAACGAUAUGACGGAGUGUCUGCGCACUGUUAACAACCUGAAAACGAUGAAGGGGUUGGCUUUGGCAGAUAUUCUGACAGCUAUCAGUGAGGAGCUGGUCACGAACGAUGUAUCGCCGCAAGUGAUGGUGACGUGGAUGGCAGGACUGGCGGACAUUGAGUAUAGACUAAGUGGUGGAGGUAGUGAAGCGAUACAGACCGGUGCAACGAUUGGCAUCGUAAGAACAGGCGUCGAGCUCCUAGAGAUGGGGAAGAGAUAGAGUAUGGCUGGAAAGGCGCUGUAUAUGACGAUUGGGUGCGAGGGGCAAUUUGGCCAUCGGGCGUGUAAUGCGAUACCAUAAAGGUUUGUGUCGACGAACCCAAUUUCCAACGAACAGAUGAUCUAUUUCACUAUGCACUGCCAACAAAUCCUCAGAAACC